CUAAAUGCCCCCACGUUCCGGCACUUCGUUGUCCAUCUCAUCUGCCGUCUAAGACGCGGACAUGAGCGUGACACCAUAUCGAAUUUCAUGCGUAAAAAUGAUCGUGCCCACCAUGCACUUGUGUUAGUGCUACGCGUUACGCGUGAACAACCCUCUCCAUCAUCUGUCAGCGCGCCUUAGGGGACACGAUGGCAGUCUAUCCGUCCUUAAGCGUGUCCAACCCACUGAUCUGUUGCAGACUGUAAUCUUAUCAGUGUCAAACCGUAACUACCCUUUCCUCUUGGGCAGAUCCUGUCUGUCUUCGGAUGGCUUUAGCUCCAAAACCUGGAUAAAACCGAUUUUUUAUGAGAGAAAACUUUUAUCAGAAGAAGCUUCAGUCACAUUUGUUACACGCGAAUUUGAAAGCGUGAUAAAAUGAACAUCUGACCGCUUUAAACGUUCGACCAGAAGAAGACAUGGAACCUGUAUUUAAAGAAAGGCGUCUUUUGUGCUUAGUUCUCUUUGCCGUAUCCACCACCAGCGUUUGCCUUUGUGCAAGAAGAUCAGAUGUUCGGAGAUCUGAUCGUCUGAGUCCUCCAUUAGACAUUCAGCUGGAGACAAUCAACUGCACCGCCUUCGGUGUGCAAUGGAAGAUGCCCCGGCGACAUGUUAGCACCAUCACUGGCUACAAGGUCUUCUAUACAGAAAUGAAGAAUGGCCGUCCAAUGGGAACAACAUCUUUGAUAGAGGUUCCUCUCAGCUUGGACAGGUUGACCACUGGGCAAUUUGACGGGCAAGCAAGUUUCGAUGUUGUUAUCUGUAGCCUAAAGGUGAACACUAAGUACAGAGUCCGAGUUGGCGCGUAUGGCUGGGCCGGGGAGGGCAGACCUAGCAUACCCAGAGACAUCAGCACUGCUUCACAUGAAACGUGCAUGCCACCAUCACCCCCCACUCAGCCUGUUGUAAUGGCUGUAUCUGACACGGAGCUGGCGUUGUCAUGGCAGCAAGGUGAAAGUGAGGGAAGCGCACCAAUUCUUCACUUCCUGGUGGCGUACAUCAGGCCAGAAAUGGACACAGAAUGGACGUAUAUUCGUGAGCCCAUUGAAACCAACUCCAUGGUUUUGAAGGGGUUAAUACCGGAAACAGAGUACCAGUUUGUUGUCAGGGCGGUCAAUGUGCACGGAGUCAGCCCACCCAGCCACAUCAACAACCCCGUGCGCACUCUUGGUGCAUCUGAUGUUGGCAGCGGUGAUUAUGGACGUUACAUCACAGAUUCCAGGCUCAAAGAUGAUGAUGGCUUCAACAUUGAUGACUCUGAUUAUGACCUUUUUGUUGAAGAGCCAUUCCCAGAUAUCAGUCAGGACAACAGGAAAUCCCAGCUCCGUUCCCACUCUGCGCCGCCAUCUGGUCGAAACGUUGUUUACCGUAUGAACACCAUUGCUCCUCUCAGUGUUACUGCCCCACCAGUGUUGUCCACCGCCUCAUCCGUCUUCCCAGAUGCCACAGAUCUGGUCUACUCAACCACUUCAGAGUCCAGUACCACCUUUGAGACGACAACUACUGCCCCACUUACUACUACCAGCAUCACUUUGCCCACCACUGCUGCCACCCCAACCAUGUCCCCCUGGAAAGAUGAAAUACCUCGUGUCUACGACCUGACCUGCGAGGACACUGUGUGUCCCCAAGACAGCUUGUGCCUCAGUGAUCACGACAGCGGAGGUUCGCGCUGCCACUGCAACCUGGGGCGAAGAGGGGACACUUGUUCUGAGGUGGUAUCAGUCAACUUUCCUAGGUUUUAUGGCUACUCUCACAUGACCUUUGAACCACUGAAAAACUCUUACCAGACCUUUCAGAUCACUUUGGAGUUUAAGGCGGACAAUGAGGACGGCUUGUUACUGUACUGUGGAGAGAAUGAACACGGCAGUGGAGACUUUACUUCUUUGGCUCUGGUUCGGGGCCAGCUGCACUACAGGUUUAAUUGUGGUACAGGAGCAGCUCAGGUCAUCAGUGAGAGUCAUAUUGUUCUUGGUCAGUGGCACACAGUAACUGUUUUCAGAGAUGGCAUGGGUGGCUGGCUCCGUAUGGACAACAACACCCCUGUAUCCGGACGCUCGCCGGGCCAAUACACUAAGAUCACUUUUCGCUCUGCGUUAUAUGUGGGUGGAUCCCCAAGUGCUUAUUGGCUGCUCAGGGCAACAGGGACAAACCGUGGCUUUGUUGGUUGCAUUCAGAGUCUGACCAUCAACAACAAAGCCAUAGACAUCAGACCAUGGCCUCAAGGCAAAGCUCUGAGUGGAGCUGAUAUAGGUGAGUGCAACAACAGCGUGUGCAACCAGGUCAGCUGUGCCAACGGCGGCAUCUGCCGUGCUAAUCAUGCUGACGGCUACAUCUGCCUGUGCCCACUUGGCUUCAGGGGAACCCUUUGUGAAGAGAGUUUUUCACUGUCAUCACCACUCUUCAAUGAGACAGUGUUUUCAUACGCUGUUAUCCCCUGGCCUCAGUCCUUUCAGAGUUAUUUGUCCUUCAUGGAGUUCGAGCUGACGUUUCGGCCGUCAAUGCCUGAUGGAACACUGCUGUAUAGUGAUGACACAGGCAGCGCAGACUUCCUGGCUAUAAACGUGGUCGACAGAUUUGUAGAGUUCAGAUUUGACUGCGGCUCUGGGGGAGCUGUCAUAAGGAGUGAAGAGCAGAUCAGUCUGGACACAUGGCACGAGCUGAGGGUAUCUCGCACGACAAAGAGUGGCAUCCUACAGGUAGACAGCCAGAGGCCAGUGGAAGGGAUUGCUGAGGGUGCUUUCACUCAGAUCAACUGUAGUUCACCUCUCUAUAUUGGUGGAGUACCAGAAUAUGAUAAAACCAAGAGGAUGGCAGGUGUAAAAAAGCCCUUUACUGGGAUUAUUCAGAAGCUGAUACUCAAUGACCGCACCAUCCCAAUAACAACUGGCUCCGCUGGCGGAGUUAAUGUAGCAAAUUCAGCACACCCAUGUGUGGAAAGCCCCUGCACCAAUGGAGGGACCUGCAAGCCAAAGUGGGAUGGAUAUGAGUGUGACUGCCCCCUAGGGUAUGAUGGGAGGCACUGCCAGAAAGAGUGUGGAAAUUACUGUUUGAACACUGUGACUGAAGCCAUUGAGAUCCCACAGUUCAUUGGCCGAAGCUACCUGACAUAUGACAACAGAGAUAUCCUUAAAAGGGUUUCUGGGUCCAGGACCAACCUUUUUAUGCGUUUUAAAAGCAUAUCUAAGGAUGGCUUGCUGCUGUGGCGAGGAGACAGUCCAAUGAGACCAAAUAGUGACUUCCUGUCUAUGGGACUUCAGAAUGGGGCACUUAUCUUCAGUUAUAACCUGGGCAGUGGUGCAGUUAACAUUGUUAUCAACGGGACCUUUAGCAAUGGAAAGUGGCACAAAGUCAAAGCUGUGAGGGAUGGCCAGUCAGGGAAGCUGACAGUCGAUGACUACGGAGCAAAAACAGCCAGGUCACCUGGCAAGAUGAGGCAACUCAAUAUCAAUGGACCCUUAUAUGUUGGUGGCAUGAAAGAAAUAGCUCUUCACACAAACAGACAGUACAUUGGUGGUUUGGUGGGCUGCGUGUCCCACUUCACACUCUCUACAGAUUAUCACUUGGCACUGGUGGAGGACGCCACUGACGGCAAGAACAUCAAUACCUGCUCUAACUAGGAAAAGGCUUCAACAGACGCAUGUUCACUUUAAACUGGAGUGAAUGCCAGAGCCUGCUGAUUUGUCAUCUUGAAACAGCAACGGCAGCACCAAAUUAAUGAAAACUAAUACAAUAUAAUUGCGGUCUACCAAUUCAAGUCUGGCAUGGUAUUAACUUGAACUGGAAAAAGACUAAAAACAAUUUUACUUUCAGUCACAAGAGUCAUUUAAAUGGCUCCUGUGUGCAGUGUUCAAAUCAGCUCUAACCCUUUGAGGUGUAAGGUUUGUUUUAACAUUAAUAACUUGAUGAACUGUUCUGAAAAAAAAAAAACAGUUUUGACACAUGGCAACAGCAAAUAUGACCACAGAGGGACUUACAAAACAGAACUACUCUUUGAAAGGAGAGAAAAAGCUUAGCAUUAGGGGUAGCAAGGGUCUCCGAGCAACCUUUCAAAAUACAUUUUUUCAUGGGAUGAUUCCAUUUGUAUAUUGAUUAUUUUCUACUGAAAAUCCUCAUUUGAUUGCUGGAAGAGCCAAGUGAUCCGAAGGAUCAAGAGUCAUCACAGGCUUUUUCAGGAAACUGAUCUAGAGCAGCUAGUAGAGAUAAAUGUCUUUGUAGAGGAUUUAGUUUUUGACCAUAGAGGAUUUCUGUUGUUUUUAUUGUUGUGGCAUUUGUAUUCUUUUUCGUGAUGUAUAUUAUAAGUCUGCAGACAACACUUUGUGAUGCCGGAUGGAUGUCAGUAUUUUUAAAAGUUGCUAGUUUUUAAGGGUGAAGAUGUCAGCUGUGCAAAAUAUGCAUUUCUUUUUGUCUUCUUUUAGUUUAUAUGCUCCUUCACGUGGAAUUUGCAGACGCUAGUCACAUGAAAGUCUGAUGUUGGCGCAGUAAAGCAGCCUAAAUCAUGGAGAAACUGUGUCACCAGACACAGACCAUAGUACUGUGGAUGUCAGCCUUUAAGUUGAGUUUAAAUUUGUAUGUCUUGUUUUUACAUCAGAAGAAAUUGAUAAUUUUUCUCAUAUGAACAUUAGAUGGCCUUAUUAAUUGAUCAUGCUUAAGUAUUUAUCCUUUAAAAGGUUUGUCUACAAAUGUUC